GACUUGCCAUGACAAGCCUCAGGAAAAGUUGCUCAAUGUUAAUGUUUAACAAGUAGGAAGAAGGGCCUAGGCUACCAUAUCUCUGUCUUAAACACAACCACACUCUUUCAGUUCUCCUUCUACUCAAGAGUUUGUUCACUGUUUUGCGAAGGAAUUACAUAUUCAGAUCCAAAGGAGAAAGAAAGAAAGACACCAUGGAGGUGCUGGUGCUGAUCGACUUCGAGGGCACCAUGGGAGACGAGAUCACAGUGAGGAUGGGGGAUGUGGUCAAAAACGUCACCAAGGCCAGCGAGGAGGGAUGGCUGGAGGGGGAGCUGAGAGGAAAGAGAGGCAUCUUCCCUGCCACCUUUGUCAAGGAGGUGCCAGUCUAUUUGAUAGGUGACAGCAAGAGGGAACCACGAAGUCUUAGAAAAACGAAGAUGAUGAAACAGAUGAGGAAAUGCGAGGUAGCGUUUGCCUACAGCCCCAUGAAUGAAGAUGAGCUGCAACUGGUUGUUGGGGAGACUGUAGAGAUCAUCAAAGAGAUUGAAGAUGGAUGGUGGAUGGGUUUGAAAAAUGGCAAAGUGGGAGCAUUUCCGUCAAAUUUUGUCAAAGAAAUUUUUGUUUCCCCUAAAGACGGCAAGCACAAUGAGAGCAAGGCAAGACCCAAGCUCACUGAUGCAGUGUUCAAUAAGGAGAUAUCUCAAAGAGCAAGUGUGAGGAACAAAGCAAAAAAUGCGGUGGAGUGUUGCCAAGUCAUGUUUGACUACAAGGCCAAAGCGGAGGAUGAGUUGGAACUGAAAAAAGGAGACGUUGUAGUGAUACUGAGAAAGGAAACAGAAGAUGAAGGCUGGUGGGAGGGAGAGCUAAACGGACGCUGUGGCUUCUUUCCUGAUAACUUUGUCAUGGUGAUACCACCAGUGGACAAUCAGCAAUCUGUGACCACAAGCCAACCGCCUGCACGCAACUUAAACAAGAAACUCUCAGUGAAGACAGAGACCUCAGCGAUGGAGAAAGGCGGUUCAGGCAAGACAAAAGAUGAUAAACCAGAGGCUAAGGACCUGAGAAGCAAUCCUCCAACCAAAGUCAAGCUGCCAUCCAUCAAGCCCAGCCCGCCUCCAGUCAAAGACAAACCCAACAAGGUUUUACCCAAAAUCAAUGGUGAUGUGGCUCCUGUUUCACCAAAACAACCGGAGGAGAAAGAGACCGACCAGUUUGAUGGAGUGGAUUUGCAGACUGAAAAGCUGAGCCAUCCUACAGCAAACAGAGCCAAACCCCCGCAGAGGAGACCACCAUCAGCAGCAAUAGUCCACGCUCAGAAUGCCACUGACCAGACAGAACCAGAAAUAUCUGCAAAAAAGUUCCAGACGGAAAAAUUACCUGGCUUGCAAAAGGGUUCAGAAAAUGUCCUGCCACCACCUGCAAAGCCUGAUCAUCGACCCAGGACGCCACCUCCAGUUCGACCAGUACCACCGAAAGUAGUUGUGGAUGGCAGAACAGUGACUCAUAAAGAAGAACCAACUGUGGAAAGCCUGCAGACUGAAAUCAAAGAGCUGAGGAUGACUCUGGAGCUGCUACAGGCACGACAUGAGCAAGACAUGCAGGAAGUGAAAGAAGAACUGAGGGAGGAGAGAAACAAACGACUGGUACUGCAGGAAGAAGUACACGGUUUAAAGAGAAAGAAUUAAUCCCAACACAGACUGCGACUGUGCUGUCUGUCUGACACUGUGCAAUGCAGGCUCUCGUACUGCAAAUUUAAACAAGAUGAACAUUUUUCUGACACGGAAUGGGGAUGGAGAAGACAAGCAAGCUCUCCCACUGCAGACAAGUGAGGGCUAAAUCAGAAAGUAGAGUUGGACAUAGGACCAAGCUAAUCCUGCACUGGACCGGAGAAACUUGAUCCUUCUCAACAUUUUUAAAUGAUGUACUGUUAAAUUUUUUACAUAUUUGAAUGCUGGAAAACACAAAUAUUGGUCCUAUGUGGGUUACAUUUGGUUGCAAAUUAAUGUUUUACAUUGUUCUGUUUCAACUGUCACCAUUAUUAUUUUUAUCAUAGGUUUUACUUUACAUUUACAAUAAUUAACAUUUACAUAAUUAAUGCCUCAACAGAGUGUGUAAUAUAUGCAGCUGUACAUAGCAGGAAAUACUGUGAUAAAAUAUAAUUUUAAGUCAUCCUAAGUGGCAUUGUUACCUGAAUGUUAAUACCUGAAAUACUAGUCAAAAAUAUGGCUUGACAUGCAGGUGUUUUUUUUUUUUUUUUUUUUUACACCAGAAUGUAAUGCUGCAACAAUCCACUGGGGGGCACUGUAUGACUAUUCUACAUAAAGAGAAGCGCUAAACUUGUCAGUGAAUGCUGGAUUGGUGGAAAAGACCGGGCACUAGUGACCUCACAUUAGAAAACAAAACAUAUUUAAUUCAGAAGAGUAAAUGUGUCAAGAUUCAAGAUUCAAGAAAAUGGCUGAUGUUAAUGGAGUUUGUGGUCAACUGUAUUUUUUGUAGUUAAGUGGAAAAGGCAUCCUGUGUCACUCAGAGAAAAACUGACUCACUCUGAAACAAUGAACUUUGUGACUCAUGGCGAUGGAUGUAGCGAACGUGGGAAGAGAAUUAAUGAGAAAUACUUUGCACCCGCCACAGGGAGAGCUAUUUAACUUGACUAUAUUUGGUCCACGGUAUCUUCAGAGUAAGGCGUACUGAUUUGGUUUUGGCUCCAAAUGGUGACGGCGGUGGUGGUACUGGUGGUGUGCUCCUGUCUAAGCCUACUAGUGUUGCCCGCUGUAGAGCACAUCUGGAUGACAUCUGGAGCCCAUAAGGGACCGGGUGCUUCUGAAACUGCCAUGGGAACAUACUAUUUUUAUAAACUGUGUUGAAUAAUGGUCAUUAAGGGCACAUUGCCCCUUGGACAAGGAGUGAAAUAAAUUAAACUAAACAAA